AUGAAGAUGACGACGCUAACGACCACAGCCAACCUUCCUGACUACCAGUUUGCUACAGACGAUUAUACCGCUUCGAUUCCCGCUUACAUUUCUCCCAUCACAACCACACCACCGUCGACCACAAACACGGCAUCUGAUGACCAGUCUCAUACCGAUAACCAUACUGCUUCAAAUCCAGCUGAUCUAUCUCCCACGAAAGCCACGGCACCAUCGACUGCUAUCGCAUCAUCUGAUAAUCAGUCUUAUACCGAUGACUAUGCUAAUUCGAAUCUAGCUGACAUAUCUCCCACGACAACCGUGCCACUAUCGACCACAAACACGGCAUCGAAUGACAUGCCUAAUACCGAUGGCUAUGCUGCUUUGAUUCUAACUGAUAUUUCCUCCAUGACAACUACGCCACCAUCGACCACAAACACGUCUUCUGAUGGCCUCACACUUAUUGACGAUCACACUAAUCCAGUUCACACUGACACAUUCAGAAUAACGCGCACGACAACAUUAACCACAAGCACGUAUUCUCAAGAUCAAACAUCGUCUAUUAACUCUACUGCC